UAGAGAGGGAAAGGGAGAGAGAACGGGAGAGAGAGAAGGCUAAAAGGCGACAAAAGGAAAGACAAGAAAAGAUGAAAGCUGAUUUACGGCAGAAAAUUGAUUCCCGAGACCACAAGAUGGCCGAGGUCAAAUCAUCUGAAAUAAACUGCAAUGGUAGCUUGGAUGCCGAAUGGCUGGAGAUCAACAGUUUCUUCUCAGAGGUGAUGAAAAUUGUGGAGGAUGCUAAAGAGAAAGCAUGCCAGACUCUGGAGGACAGGAGACGGAAAGUGAAAAGAGAAGCACAAGAUCUCACCCACAAGCUGCAAAGAGAAAUUGAUGUGCUCAAAAAAGCCACUGAUGACCUAGACAACAACCCAGACUUGGAGCUUUCUCCUGUAACAGGCCUGAAAGAAUCUGCUAACUGGAAAACUUUAUGUGACAACACUUCACUCUUCUUCGGGACACUGCGAGGUACGACUUCAGCCAUGAUGAAGCAAAUUGGCCAGGAAAUAGAAAAACUCGCAUCCAAAGACCUCGAGAGGAUUUCUACAUUUGCAGUGGACGUGAAGCUGGACCCGACUUCUGCACACUCAAGUCUUGUAAUUUCUGAUAAUGGGAAAGAAGUGAGAAAAGGUGGAAAAACAGCAAAAGAUCCUGAUUCUCCCCAGAGGUCUGAUAUAUUUGGAAGUGUCCUGGGGCUCAACAGGCUGAAAUCAGGGAAAUCAUACUGGGAGGUGGAGGUCAGCAACAAGACCGGGUGGGAUCUGGGUGUGGCCAGAUGUGAUGCUUACCGCAAGGGGAAAUUUUUAGUGACCCCUGACAAAGGUUACUGGGUUAUUGUCUUUUAUGGAGACAAAAAAUAUGCAGUCCGGACAACACCGCCCGUGCACCUUCCAUUUAAAGGGAAACCUCGGAAAGUCGGGGUGUAUGUAGAUUAUGAAGAAGGGCUCGUGUCCUUUUAUGAUGUGACGUCUCAGUCUCACAUCUAUUCAUUUACUGAGUGUUCGUUUGGUGGUGAGAUCCUCCCGUACUUCAGUCUCCAUCUGAAACCAGAUGAGAAAAACAGCGAUCCUUUGAUUAUAUCUGCUAUGGAAAAGCAGUAGUAAUCACAUGCACUGGUUUUGGAGCAGUGAAUGCAUCAGUUAUAGACAUUAUAUAUAUUAAAGUGGGAAUUUGAUUGCCUGGGUUUCCAUGUUCUUUUCUUAUAAUGAUAACAUGAAUCAAUGAAGGUACAAUAAAGGCAUGGGUUUUAGAAUUUUCUUUUAUGCACUAUAUAGCAAUGCUAGCAAUGCAAAUGUAUACAUAUUAUGGGGAUGCACUCUAAAUACUGUUAAUUAUGAUUAUGUGCAAAGGGAUGAUUUAAUAAGGAUUCUUCUCUUGUUAUUGGUUGUGUUCACAUAAACCAGAGUUUCCCAACCUUUUGGAACCACAGCACAUAUUUCACAUUAGAAAAAUCACAAAAUCCACCACUAUUGACACCCUGUCAUAUCUAGGUGUGUGUCAACAUGUUAAGGUUGGCACGUUAAGCAUGUUGUUUCCAGAGCUGCACCUUUCAACCAAAUCCCGUAUAUUUUACUUGUGAGCAAUUUGUUAUUUCAGCCUUAUAUUUGUGUGUUCAGGUCAAUCAGAUGUUCAAAUAUAUCUGCCAGAUACAGCAGUCUUGUACACCACUGGUCCCUUGAGAGUAACUUGACGUCCUUCUGGUUUGUGAAAAACACUUUAAGUUCUUGAUUCUUGCAGUCUUGGCAACAAGUACUUCCCGGUGCAGAAUAUAAUGCAUUGCAAUGACAUCUAGAUGUUGCUCUUUCACUCCGUUUACAAAUCCUUUAGUGUGCCCGAGCAUGGCAGCUGCUCCAUCGGUGCAAACAUGUAUGCAUUUUUGCAAUUCAGCAACUUGUUAGCUUUAAGUGCUUUAUUGGUCUUAUUAGUGGUUUUCCUCAUUAAAGCUGCUUGCGUCUCAGUCUGUACACGCUUGAAGUGAUGGGUGUUUUGUCUGGAGAUGGUGUUUAAGUUUGCUUGGAACCAGGCGUAGCAGAAUGGGCUCAGUUGGUUCUCCAGUGUAUGAGAAUCCAAAGGCAAGAUAAUGUUGUCAUGAUUUUACUUUUUCUUUUGCUUUCUUCCACUAUUAAAGCCAGGGCCAUCUGGGUUGGAAUUCUCUCUAGGACCCAGGCCAGAUUGACGGUUUUUGUUUUCAGUUAUUUAGUAAUCGCUAUUCCCUGCAGUUUUGUCUCACUCGCAGCUCGACUUUGUACUUUUGUAUUUCUUCUUCAUCUUCAUCUUGAUGGUGGUAAGGGCAGUACAAUUAAGUGGAUCUGGUGGAUGAGAAUGUGUUGUGUCCUGUAAUGAUCGUGCCAUAUUGCACCACUAGAGGGUGGUGUCGUGAAAUAAGAGUAAAGUGGAGUUGGUAAAGUUUUAGAGUUAAGAGUAUAGUUAGACGGCUAACUGUUAACUUGUUGUGUCUCCCUGUUACCUCUACGAUGUAAAGUCUGUGCUGAUUUCAUUAAAGAGCACUGUUCCUUUAUGAGGACUGGUUUAUUACCGGCCGCUACUACAGAAUGUAAUUGUUCAGCCUGUCACAACACGCCACUUGCUAAGAGUACCAAUCAGGUGAAAUUGGAUAAUCUUCCACGGCACACUCAAUGAUUUCUAAUGGCAUACUUAUGUUCCGUGUUUGGGAAAAGCUGAUUUUAACCACUACCUCAAGCAUUUAGUCUACAAGAUGCUUAAUUCCACAGACCCUCCUUGUUACUUCACACAUCUGUUGAACAAUUUGUCUCACUGGGCAGUUUCAAUCCUGUAAACUGUAGUCUACAUGAGUCACUUUAAAUAAUCCAUUUACAGCAUAUAAGAAAUAUGUUUUACACAGAUAUAGACAAGAAACAAACAAACUUCUAUCUAGGGAAUAUUUUUUAAUAUUUUAACUGUGUUUGUAAUGAUUAAAGAAUGAAAUAUGUUUACGAUUUUAGUUUUAUUUAUUUUGUAAUUUGAAUAAAUCCAAACCUUAAUGAAACCAGCUGUAUAUUGUCUCCUUUACUCUUCCUUUAGCCCUAGGAGUGCAGGGAUUUUAGAGAAGCAAGUUUGCAGCUGACAUUAGUAAAAAAAAAAUACAU